GGUUGUGACCCUUGUUUAUCCUGCACCUUUAGAUAUCACACAUUUCUGUCUACAACAUCCACUUCUCUUUUUUUCUCUGUCUUAGUGGGGAAAAGUUUGAAAGUUUCCCCUUUUCUAUUGUUUCUCACCCUUUUCUCUCAUGCAGUUACAGCCUUAUUAGACUUUAUACUUCCUGCCUUUCUACUAGGCAAUGUCAAUGUGGGUGAGUCAGGAGAAUCAGGUUAGAAGGUGGUGAGAGUUUCUUUGGGUCCCUCAGCUCCCAUCUUGUUUCAGAAGCUGUUCCCCAGGGAGCCAUUGAUCCCACCUUCAUUUUCCCAGUUUCCCCUUUGUUCUGAAUCCCUGGCACCCUUUGGGCAGAGUGAUCCAGAACUGGAGCUUGGUCUGUUCUUGAUUCAGAGAUGUUGCUGCUUCUGUUUCUCCCAUUCAUAGAGGGGUUCCAGAACUCACCUCCAGAUUAUUACGUGCAAAUGCCAGCAGCAGUGACAGUGCAGGAAGGCUUGUGCAUCACCAUUCUCUGUACUUUCCAUCACUGUCCAACCUCCUCUUCUCCAGCUCAUGGAUACUGGUUUAAGGAGAGGCCUGGUACCAAUGAAGUCGAACCUGUGGCUACAAAUGAGCCAAGACGAGAGAUUCAGGAGGAGUUUAGGGGACGAUUCCAUCUGGUCGGGGACCCUCUGGAGAACAACUGCACACUGCGCAUCACAGAUGCUCGGAAAGAAGACAGUGGGAAAUACGUCUUUUGGAUAGAAAGGGGAGAGGAAAAAUUCAGUUACUCCAAUUAUAAACUUGACCUGAAGGUGACAGACCUGACAGAGAAGCCAGUCAUCUACAGUCCAGAGCCCCUGGAGGAGGGCCAGCUAGUGACCUUGGUCUGUUUAGCCCCCUGGAUAUGUAGGGAGGGGACACCCCCGACCUUCUCCUGGACCGGGGCCGCCGUCCCUUUCCAACAGCCCAGACAAACCUUCUCCUAUUUCUCUGGGCUCUCCUUCGUGCCGAAGCUCCAGGAUCAUGGCAGCAACCUCACCUGUGGGAUGACCUUCCCUGGAGCCGGUGGGAGAGCUCUCACCGAGAGAACUGUCCAGCUCCAUGUAACCUCUAAAACAAAGCCAGUCUUUUUCACAUUCACCACAGGGACACUUUUGGGAUCUGGAGUCACAGCCUUUCUGGCCUUCUGUCUCAUCCUGACAUGUGUGAAGUUUCUGAGAAAGAAGAAGCGGGCAGAGGACCGAGAGGUCCAGGACAGGAAGGAGGUGGAUUGCAGUGAUCAGGUUCCUGGAGUCCCUUUGGAUCAACAGAGGGAUUCCAGAUCUCCCAGCCCUAACGCACCCACACAGUCAUCCCCAGGGGAGCUGUACUAUGCAAGCAUCAACCUUGGGAGACCCAGGUCCUGAGAAGAUCAGGGGAGCUAGAACCCAGAGAGUCUCGGGGGCCAAACCAAGCCUUCCAAGAAAGGUUCUCUCGGAGGCAUCUGCGACUCAUGGGGAAGAAGAAGAAAUAAAGAGAAUGCCUUCUCAUUCAUGCUUAGAAGAUGCUCUUUUGCUCUUUCUGGAGCCCUCAAGCCUUUUUCUUCUCUGCUCCCCCUGAAGUUCUAUUGACUGAAAGAGUUUUCCUUCUGCACUUCCAGGAGUGAAGAGAGAAGGCAUUAGAGAAUCAGGGAAGCAGAGACUUUUUCAGUAAUAUUCUUUUUUCCCCCAAACGUACUUGUCAAGGUGACAAAGCCCUGACUAUUUUAAUUAGGUUAUCAGAGUACACUGAAUGUCAGUGGUUGGAGGAUCCUUGUAUGGUAUUUAUUUUGGAACUAUGAUCUCCCCUCACGCUUUCACUGCUUUAGGUACUGAGAAUCAGUACACUAGUUUUCCUAGGGGAGUAACCCCUGAAUACUGGGUUUUUUCUAGUUCUCAUGAACCCUCAAUAGGGAGCUUUCCAACAUGAUUGACAGUUGGUAUCAAUCAGUCAACCAGACAUCAAUUAGUGAUUUAUUA